AUGAAGGUCGCUGCCGUUAUCAUCACCUCCCUCAUGGGAUAUGCCCUUGCCGCACCGGUUGACGUGGACAGCAACGCGCCGGCGACUAGCGUGGACAGCAACGCGUCGGCGCCUACCAACACGCCGUCGGCGCCUACCAGCACGCCGCCGGCGCCUAUCAAAACGCCGCCGGCGCCGAAUAGCCCCGAGAAGAUCUGCCUCUCAGCGAGCGCCAAGGUAUUUCUUAAGUGUAUUAAAGCACCCAAGCGCGAUGAGCCUAAGCUUGACCUCCACGAACGAUGCUAUAAGGAGCGUGAUGACGCUAAGGCGUCGUGCCUCGGACACGACGCGGAGAGCGAACUUGACGACGUCGACAGGAAGACAGAGGAUGUGUGUACCGCCCCAAUCAACCGUGUUUUUGCCCAGUGUAAGAAAGACAGAGUGCUUAAGGGGAUCCAGGCGGACUGCGAAAAGGAUCGGGAUAACGCACGGGAGGAGUGCGUUAAGAACAAGGGGCUGAAGCCUGACCAGCAGGAGACGACGCCUGGUACGGAGGAAGCGACGCCUGACAAGGAGGAAGCAACGCCUGACAAGGAGGAAGCGACGCAGAGUUGUCCGUCUAAGCCCAAGGAGGAAGCGACGCCUAUCAAGGAGGAAGCAACGCCUAUCAAGGAGGAAGUGACGCCUAUCAAGGAGGAAGUGACGCCUAUCAAGGAGGAAGUGGCGCCUAUCAAGGAGGAAGCGGCGCCUGUCAAGGAGGAAGCGGCGCAGAGUUGUCCGUCUAAGCCCAAGCCCGAGUCCGACUCCUAG